AUGAGCGAGGGGUCGCCUGGCGAGGAGCGCGCCAGAAGGAGCCGCUGGACAGAGCCCGGACCGGCUGCCGCGCGGAGGAGCAGCUGUGUGACGCUGGGGGCCGACAUGGGCUAUGUGAGGCUGGAGAGGCACACAAGCCCCAUGCAGGCCUGCCAGCUCAUCCCAGCUCAGCAUUUGGCCGAGAGCUUUCACUUCCUCCGGCUGGCCUGGCUCCUCAGCGCCUACCUGAGGGGAUUUCUUGUCCCCUGGCGCCCCCGGCGUGGACCAUGCACUGCAGCUGCUUGGCCGAGGGCAUCCCUGCCGUUGCCAGCAACUCCUGGAUCUCAGGUGAGCCUCUGCCAGUGUCCCCUCCACGCUCCAGCGGCACCCCGUAGUGCGGCUCUCACUCCCCUCUCUGCCCCAGGCCUGGCCUUCCCUGACUGGGCCUACAAAGCCGAGUCGUCCCCGGGCUCCCGGCAGAUCCAGCUGUGGCACUUCAUCCUGGAGCUGCUGCAGAAGGAGGAGUUCCGCCAUGUCAUCGCCUGGCAGCAGGGAGAGUACGGGGAAUUUGUCAUCAAGGAUCCAGAUGAGGUGGCCCGCCUCUGGGGCCGCAGGAAAUGCAAACCACAGAUGAAUUAUGACAAGCUGAGCCGGGCCCUCAGAUAUUACUACAAUAAGAGGAUCCUGCACAAGACCAAAGGCAAACGAUUCACAUACAAAUUCAACUUCAGCAAGCUCAUCGUAGUCAACUACCCUCUGUGGGAGGUGCGAGCACCACCAUCACCCCACCUGCUGCUGGGGGCGCCUGCUGUGUUUCGACCAGCACUGGUGCCCAUGGGUGUGCACAGUGAGCUCCUGCACAGCAUGCUGUUCACCCAUCGCGCCAUGGCAGAGCAGCUGGCUGGACAGCGGACCCCUCAAGGGCCACCAGAGGCCUCUGGGGACAAGAAGGGGAACAGCAGCAGUAUACACCGUGAGUGCCUGGGACCAGGGAAUCUUAAGCAAAGGAGGGGAGGACCCUCUUGAUUGAGCACAUGGCUCAGUCAAGGGAUGAUAUGUCGUGUAUUCAUUCAACAAACAUUUGUUGCACACCAGCAAUUU